AUGUUUUUCAGCCUCGUUGCUAGUUUGUCAACUCUUGCAUUGGUCAGCCCUGGCCAUUCCUAUCCUUCCAAUGCCAAGCACCAUCCUUCAGCAUCUAGUGCUUUACCAGCUUGCGGACCGGUUGUCCAGUCAUGCCAAUGCCCUGAAGGAAACUUUUACUCAUCGGUCACUACCUACGGAUUCUAUGCCGCCAGCGCCAAGGAUGUUGCAAGCAUCACCGCGUCAUCUUUCAGUGACCUAAGCUACAUCGGCCUCAACGUCACCAACACCACCGGCCAAGGUUUUGAAAUUGGGUCCUCUCGCACCUUUUCCCUUGAUUGGGACGCUGCUUCAGAGCCCAUUUCCGUCAAGGAAGUUCUGACUACUUACAACAACUACCCGGAGAAUGGCGGGUUCAACAUGACCUGGGAAAUGGGCAAUCUGCCCUUUUACUAUACGCGACCGAGCGGCGAGGAGGCGACUGUCGGCGGGUUCUGGAGCUACGAGGAACUGAGACAAGUUGGCGAUUACUCGUUCUUCCUCUGGUCGACCUGGUCUUGUUUCGGUGACGUGUUUGAUUUCAACGGUUUCCAUGAACUCGUGUUUCACCGCAUCGCGCAAAUCUUGAAGGAGCAAGGGAAAUCGGACGGGAGCAUCGUUGGCCUGACCACAACUGGUUGA